GGUCCGCUGCGUCCUGAGGUGAUUUGGGAGAGAGGACCGCUUUGGGAGGGACGGGAGUUGGGAGUCGGGACUCGGGACCAUUUUGGGAGGGGGGCUGCUGCCAAGAAUGCCUGAUGAUGCAUGCACGCAGAGCGGUUAGUCAGAGAUUAGGUUAGGGGAGGUCUUGCUAGCGUCAGAAAUUGCUGCGUGAAAGUAUGGUUCCUUUCUCCGCCGUUCUUCCUGGUUGGUUCAGCUGCUGCUGUCAUAGGCUUGCUCCUGGCAAACCCUUAUAUCCAGCUCUGGUUGCUAGAGCAACCUUCAGAAAUGCAGGACGAGGUCGUAUGGAGUAACCUGUCCCUCAAUAGAGCAGUGUAAGAGCUUAAGAAGUAUUCCGGACGAACCCUGAUUUUGGUAGUGGUAUCAGAAUACGCUGGUCCAGUACACAGAAAAAAACACCCGUUUCUCUCCGUAUUUCGCGACGAAAUUGAUUCGAGAAACGCCAACGCUUUUUCUUUUUCUUUCCGGAUACGAUGAUCCUUAUUGAAACUGGUGUUUACGAUUUAUUUUCUAGGAAUAAUUCACUCUAGCAAUUCGGGGAUACCGUGGCUCUAUCCUUCAGGAUCGAUCAAUGUCGGCGGUUUCUUCGCUUCUACAGAAUUCGCUGUUUCAAGCCGUUCCGGCUGCUCUGCUGACCGUCAGCGGCGACGCGAGGGAGAGCCGCAUAUUGCAAUGCAGUUCCGCGCUGUUGGAUCUGCUCGGCGCGCAGUGCGGGCACUCGCAGAUCACGGGGAGGAGCUUCCUCUCCCUGGUCCACCCGGCGGAUCGACCUUCCACUGAGGCUGUGCUCGAUGGCUGUGCAGCCGCGGACGGCGGCCGGGCGAAGCGGCGGGUUGCGGUGAGGCUGGCAGCCCGAGGAGGGAAAGACGGAGGAGAGGGCAAGGGCGAUGAGAGGGGGGGAGCAAGGGGAGAAAACCAGGGAGAGAGAAGAGGAGAGGAGCGAGAGGGGAGGGAAAGGGAGGAAGAGAAGGAAACUCUUCGCAGCAGCUGCAGUAGUGAGUGGCGAUGGCUUGAGAUGUCGGUCUUUCCUGCCACGUGUCCUCGUGAGGGCGAUGUCACGUGUACAGAUUCGCCCCGAGCGCCUCCUGAAGAAGCAGCCCGGAAGGAGACGAGUGACAGAGGGUGCGAGCAGAGGAUGGUUCUGUGCACUUUCCUCGACAUCUCGGAGCGGAUGAAGCAGGAGGAUCGCAUGUUGAAGCGACUCAAGGCAUCCGUUGGGCCAGACGUGGCACUGCAACACGACUUACCCUUUGAUCCUACCCCCCAUGGCCCGAACCACCAUAGCCUGAACCACCAUAGCCCGAACCACCAUGGCCCGAACCAGCAUGAAACUUGCGAUGCAGUCACCGGCGCUGGGGUUGACCCUCUGACCUCGAGAGAUCGGCACACAGGCAGUAAUGGCACCAGUGGUGCUGACAGCAGGGGCGGUGGCGAAGGGGAGGCGGAGCGGUCUGAGGAGGGUGGUGGGAGGGGAGAGAAGUCAAGAGGGGUUGGAGAGGUCAGAGGGGUUGACGGAGCGACCGGGGGGAGCAGAGGGGAUGCUGGUGCGAGGGGCGGGGAUUACGGCAUGGACACAGUGAGGCACGACGGCAGUAUGGACGCGUUGCAGCAUGACGGCAGCAUGGAUCCACUGCAGCAGAUGGUGGCGGUGCUGCACGGCGUGAAGCAGACUCUCAAGUGGAGCAUGGAGAGCGCCAAGUUCCACGCCAUAUUCGACAUGUCCAUGGACCCCAUUCUCAUAAACUACAUCAAUCACGCCCCACAUGAUUGCAACCCCGCUGCCGCCCGGAUCCUCGGAUUCCCGUCCAGAUCUGCCGCCCUGGCCAGCAUGCACCGGGGCUUUCUGCUGCAACAGUCCCCCGAGGUGCAGCCAUGCGGGCGGCGCAGCGCGGAGCUAUUUGAGGAGAUCGUUGGCGUGCUUGUGGAGCAAGGGGAGUGCGCGCCGUUCGAGUGGGUGCAUACCAGACUGGACGGCACUGAGUUCCACGUGCUCGUGAAGUCCAAGGUUAUUACCAUCAGUGGCGAGCACUUCUACAUGUCGGUGUGGCACGACAUAACGGAGAUGAAGCGCAAGGAGGAGGAGUUAAAGGCGGCCAAGGAGGCGGCGGAGGCGGGCAGCGAGGCGAAGAACCGGUUCCUGGCGAACAUGAGCCACGAGCUGCGCACGCCCUUGAACGGCGUCAUCGGGGUCGCCGAGCUGCUGCUGCGCACGCCGCUCUCCCCGCAGCAGCGCUCGUACGUGGACGUCAUCUCGUCGUCCGGCUCCGCGCUCAUUCAUAUCAUCUCGGACGUGCUGGAUCUCACCAAGAUCGAGACGCACUCGCUGCUGCUCGACUGCUGCCCGUUCGACCUCCAUGAGACUGUGGCGGAUUGUGUGGAAGCCGUCCGGACCGCAGCAGAGAGCAAGAAGCUCAGAUUGCACAGCCGGAUGGGCGUGGGCGUGCCGGCGUGGGUGGAGGGCGAUCAGCUGAGGGUGCGGCAGAUUCUCCUCAACCUGCUCUCCAACGCCAUCAAGUUCACCGAUGCCGGCCAAGUGCACCUCACCGUUGCCCUCUGCUCCAACCCCUUUGACGUGAACAUCUGCGGGACUCAUCAGCCGGUGGUAGCGGUGGGUUCCAGCCCGUUGGACCAGGCCCUCUUGUCCGACGGCGAGCAGCAAGAGGGGAGGGAGGGAGAGGAGCAAGAGGGGAGGGAGGGAGAGGGGAGGGAGGGAGUGGGGAGGGAGGGAGAGGGGAGGGAGGGAGUGGGGAGGGAGGGAGAGGGGAGGGAGGGAGAGGGGAGGGAGGGAGUGGGGAGGGAGGGAGUGGGGAGGGAGGGAGAGGGGAGGGAGGGAGAGGGGAGGGAGGGAGAGGGAAGGGAGGGAGAGGGGAGGGAGGGAGAGGGAAGGGAGGGAGAGGUGCAACAAGUGGGAAAAGAUGCAGAGGAAGGCGCGGCGUGGGUUGCCGUGGGGAAGAAGAAGCGGUCACAUGGUGAGGUGGGGGGGGCGCAAGCAGGGUCUACCUAUGAGGCGCCUCAAGGAAAGAAGCCGUGUGAUGGUGAGGUGGAGCAGCGGCAAGCGCAGGGCUGUGAAGGCACUGACGGCGCUGGGGCUCCAAGGAAACGAGCGUGCCUUGCUGCUGAGCGGCAUGCACGGACAGGGGCGGAGGCGGAUGCAGAGGAGGAGGAGGAGGAGGAGGAGGGGGAAGCAGAGGCAGGAGGAGGUUUGACAGGAAUGGCCAAGGUGGCAGGCAGAGCAGCGGGGCAAGGGGGCGCCUGCGUUGCACGCAGCAAUGAAGCGCGGGCGCGGUUGGAGCGGGCGCACUUAGAGCCGGCAUGUGCAGAAGCAACGAGGGUAAGGAGCGGCAACGAAGGUGUUUUAGAGUAUUUUCAAGAGCACGUGGCGUGCAGCAAUGCAGGGCAGGCGCGAUUGGAGCCAGCAAGUACAGAUACGGGGGAGAGGAGUGGCAACGAAAGUUUUUAUGAUGAUUCUCAAAAACUCAUGGCGUGCAGCAAUGAAGGGCAGGCACACUUUGAACCAGCAUGUACGGCUACGGGGGAGAGGAGGAAUGGCAGUGAAGGUAGUGAGAGCAGUGCGAGUGAGGAUCCCGAGGUCAUUGCUGUGGCUGCAUGUGCCGCAGCAGAUGCUGCAGCAGACGCUGCUGUGUUCUCCGUCACCACUCUGCACCCACCCGCACCUGCUCUCACCCUGUUUGCAGCGCCUCAAGAGGCGGCAUCAGCUGCAGCAGAUGCUGCUGCUGACGAUGCUGUGUUCUCCAUGACCACUCUGCACCCACGCUCGCCUGUUUUGCACCCACGCGCACCGGUUUUCCCGACCUCUCUCUCCCUGCAAGCGUGGGGGCGGGAGGCAAGGGAUAGGGAAGAGGGGGAUGGGCAUGGCGACAGAGGAGGGGAGGGCGAACGUGGGGCUAAUCUGGGUCGCGAAGUGGCAGUUGGUGCAGGAGCAGAUGAAGGAGCAAAGAUGGAGCGAGAGAGGGCGGAUGGAAGGGAGAGCCAGGAGGGGGAUGGGGAUGGGGAUGGGGAUGGGGACAGGGGAAGGGAGGGGCAAUGUGGGGCCAGUCUGGCAGGCGAAGGGGCAGCAGAUGCAGGAGCAGGAGCGAAGAUGGGGCGAGAGCGGUCGGAUGGACGGGGCAGUGAGCCCGGGAGGAGUGUGGGGGGGGCGGAUGCUGAUAGGGAUGGGGAGAGAGAUGGGCAUGGGGAUAGGGAUGGGGAGAGGGAUAGACAUGGGGAUAGGGAUAGGAAUGGGCAUGGGCAUAGGCAUGGGGAUAGGGAUGGGCAUGGGAAUGGGCAUGGGAAUGGGCAAGGGCAUGGGGAGGAGCGGAGGGGGGUGGUAUGGGUGCGCAUGGACGUGAGGGACACAGGCGAGGGCAUCUCCACAAACGCCCUCACGCGCCUCUUCACGCCGUUCCGGCAGGUGGACGACUCGUCGUGCCGCAAGCACGGUGGCACGGGCCUAGGUCUGUCCAUCUGCCGCUCGCUGGCGUCACUCAUUGGGGGCUGCAUCUCCGUCGCCUCCACGCCCCACCAAGGCUCCACCUUCUCCCUCUCCCUGCCCUUCGCUGUUGUGAGCCCAGAAACGUGUGCCGAUGAGGGUGAUGGUGCUGGUAAUGGGGGUGCGGCUGCUGCUGCUGGUGCUGGUGCUGGUGGUGAUACAGUUGCACGGGGAGAGAGGAAGCAGGAGCAGAAGGGGGGUGAGGGGCGCAGGGGGCACAGGAGGACCCGAUCAUUUCUGCUGCAGAACGUGGCUGAUAGUGGCAUCUUCCCUGUGCUCCCGGUGACAGCGUGUCAGGCCCAGCACCAAGUGGGGCAUAGCCACCAUGUGGGGCACAGCCACCAUGUGGGGCAGCUGGAGCAGCAAGAGCAGCAAGAGCAGCAGGAACAGCAGCAUGGCCAUAAGCAGCAGCCGUGCCUGAGGCGGCAGCAGUGGCUGCUGCAGGAGUGGCAGCUGCAGAAGCAAGAGGAGAGGCACAGGACUUUGAAUGCAGCUGAUGGGAACGGCAGAUCACGGGAGGGGGAGGAGGAGGAGGAGGGCAAGCAUGAGGUCACUUCCAUAAAGAGGCAGAGGAUGGUGGAACGCCAGCCUCAUACGGGGAGAACAGAGAGGUGUGUAGCGUCGCCAGCUGGCGAUACGGCGGGCAGAGGAAGGGGCGCAGCAGAGUUUGAGGUGGCGCAAGGCGCAGGGGCAGGUGGGAAGAGGAUGGGUAGAGAGGGUUCGCCAGUAGCAGAUGAAGGCAGGGUGCAAUGUGGUGGUCAGCUUUCGGUAGAGAAUAGAGAGCAGGAGGGGGGACAUGGAGAGGGUGUGGUACGUGAAGUGGGUGUGAGACAUGGUGAGAGAAGGCGGCCACACAAGGGGCUGGCAGCACGUGCAUUUCCCAAGUCCCCCUCUAAUGGUGGGGCAUUUCCCAAGCCCCCCUCUACGGGUGGGGCAUUCCCCAAGUCCCCCUCUUGCGGAGGGACAUUUGAGGGGCUGCGGUGCCUGGUGGUGGAGGACAACGCGGUGAACCGCAUGGUGGUGGUGCAGCUGCUGAGGAACCUGCGAGUGGCGUGCGACGUGGCAGAGAACGGCCGCAAGGCCGUGGAGGCCUGCACCGCCACCAACUACCACGUCAUCUUCAUGGAUUGCCACAUGCCUGUGAUGGAUGGGUUUGAAGCCACCACUCGCAUCCGGAAGCUACAAUCCAACACUAUGAUGGCAGAUGUAAGAGACACAUCCCCGCUAAAGGAGCGAUUCUCAUUGGAUGCUGAGAGUAAGGGAGAGGAAACCCCACAUGAGAAAUUUGUUCAACGUUCGGCCAUUUACGCAGUUACUGCUAGUGUGCUCAAGCAUGAAAGGGAUAAGUGUGCAAGCGUAGGGAUGGACGGAUUCCUUGCCAAACCCAUCAGGUUGAGGGAUAUACAACAGGUACUACACCAAUUAGUCAGCAAGGCUAAUCAGGAUUUAGAAUGAUGGCUUAGUAGACUCCUGUUAUCAUGGUAUCUUUUUUUUUGGGUUGCGGAGCAACCUAUUGCAAUAGAUCGGGCUGGUUUUUUUUUCAAGUUUGUGAAAUAAAAAUUAAAUGUUUUUUGUGAU